AUGGAAGAGGACUUAAAAGAAAAGGUGAAGGAAGUGGAAGCAAAAGAAAUCAAGUACAGAGGUGUACGGCGGCGGCCAUGGGGAAAGUUUGCGGCGGAGAUUAGGGAUUCAGCUAGGCAUGGAGCUCGAGUGUGGCUUGGGACAUUUAACACUGCUGAGGAAGCUGCAAGAGCUUAUGAUCGUGCUGCCUUUGAGAUGAGAGGUACUUUGGCCAUUCUCAACUUUCCAAAUGAACAUCUUCCAUGCAAUGUGGCUUCUUCUAUGUCCUCCUCUUCUUCAUCAUCUUCAACUGUUAAAACUGAGCUUGGUAAACAAGUUUUUGAGUUCGAGUGUUUGGAUGACAAGUUGUUAGAAGAACUCCUCAAUUGUGAUGAGAAUACCAUCAACUAA